AUGGUCGGUUGCGGUGGGAGUGGAGAACCCGCCCGACCAAGAACACGGUUACGGUCGCCGUCACUCGGCGUAUCGUCUAGCGCCAUCUGCGAGGCGCGUUCGACGAGCGCACGUGUCCGGUGUUCCGGUGGCCAGCGACAGUCGAGUCAAGAUGGCGACACCGGAAACGAUUACGGUGGCGGCAGACGUCCACUUCCGGCGUGCGUAAGUAGGGUGGAUGAGAGUGCGUUGACCGUUCACAACCCUUCGAGAGGGCUGAGAUCACAAUAUCGCUAA